AUGGAGGCUCUGAAGCAGUGCAUGAUGGGUAUCAAAGAGAACACUGUUGCUUCCAAUUCUUCCUCAGCAGUACCUCCGAGGUUUCUGAAUUACCCCUCUAACCUCUAUGCCUAUGAAAGUAUGGAUAUUGAGUUGGACUGUGCUGUCACAGGAAAGCCUGCACCCACCGUUUGGUGGGUUAAGAAUGGAGAAGUGGUUAUCCCAAGUGACUACUUUCAGACUGUGGGUGGCAGCCUUCACAUCCUGGGUCUAAUAAAAUCGGAUCAGGGGUUCUAUCAGUGUGUGGCAGAGAACGAUGCAGGGAAUGUGCAAGCUAUUGCCCAGCUUAUCAUCCAGGAACCCAUUGUCCCAAGCUCCAGUGCCCUCCCCUCUGCCCCCAGAGAUGUGGUCCCUGUCCUGGUCUCCAGCCGCUUUGUGCGUCUCAGCUGGCGCCCACCUGUGGAGACCCAUGGAAGUGUCCAGGCCUAUACUGUCUACUUCACCAGAGAAGGCACCAACAGAGAGAGAGCCACAAACACCUCACAGUCCGGCACCUUGCAGCUCACAGUGGGAAACCUGAAGCCCGAGGAGACAUAUUCCUUCAGAAUAGCAGCUUACAAUGAACAGGGCCCAGGAGAGAGCUCACAGCCUAUCAGAGUGUCUACUCAGCCUGAAUUACAAGUUCCAGGGCCAGUAGAGAACCCCCGGGCUGUGGCCACAUCUGCAACCUCAAUCCUUGUUUCCUGGGAAGCGCCUGCUUAUGACAAUGGCCCCAUCCAGGGCUACAGAUUGUUCUGCACAGAGACAGCGUCUGGAAAAGAGCAGAAUCCUGAAGUAAAUGGGCUGUCCUACAAGUUGGAGGGACUGAAGAAGUUUACUGAGUACUCAAUUAGGGUUCUAGCAUACAAUCGAUAUGGAACAGGCAUAUCCACUGAGGAUCUGAAGAUUACCACACUUCCUGAUGUGCCAAGCUCCCCCCCUCAGAACAUUUCUUUGGAAGUUGUCAACUCAAGAAGUAUUAAAGUCAGCUGGCUGCCUCCACCCUCAAACAUGCAAAAUGGCUUCAUCACUGGAUACAAAAUCCGACACAGAAAAAACGGGCGCAGAGGAGAACAGGAGAUGCUUGAGCCAAAUAACCUUUGGUAUCUGUUUCCAGGGCUGGAGAAAGGAAGUCAGUACAGUUUCCAGGUGGCUGCCAUGACUGAGAUUGGGACAGGCCCUUCCACCGAAUGGUACACAGCGGAAACUCCAGAGAACGACCUAGAUGAAUCCCAGGUGCCGGAUCAGCCAAGUUCUCUCCAUGUUAGACCCCUGACCACCAGCAUUGUCAUGAGCUGGACACCCCCGCUGAACCCCAACAUUGUGGUCAGGGGUUACAUCAUUGGGUAUGGGGUGGGCAGUCCCUAUGCCGAGACUGUUAGAGUGGACAGCAAGCAGCGCUACUUCUCCAUUGAAAAUCUAGAGCCAAGCUCCCAUUAUGUUAUUUCCUUGAAGUCCUUCAACAAUGCAGGAGAAGGGGUCCCUCUCUAUGAGAGUGCAGUUACCAGAUCUAUGACAGACCCUGUUGACCCAACAGAUGAUUUGUAUCAUUUGUUUGAUAAAUUCCCUACCCCAGUCCCAGAUACCUCCACCCCCAUGAUCCCACCUGUAGGUGUGCAGGCUGUGGCACUCACCCCUGACUCUGUACGGGUCAGCUGGGCUGACAAUUCAAUGUCCAAGAACCAGAAGAUGACUGAGGUGCGCUUCUACACUGUCAAAUGGAAGACCAGCUACUCCACCAGUGGCAAAUACAAGUCUGCAGACACAACAGCCCUCAGUCACACCGUCACAGGACUCAAACCCAACACCAUGUACGAGUUUUCUGUCAUGGUAACGAAAGGUCGAAAGUCAAGCACAUGGAGUAUGACUGCACAUGCGACAACCUACGAAGCUGCUCCCAGUUCUGCCCCAAAGGAUCUCACUGUAAUCAACAGGGAGGGAAAACCUCGAGGAGUCAUCAUCAGCUGGCAGCCACCAUUGGAGGCCAAUGGAAAAAUCACAGGACAGAACGAUCUUAAGCAGAAAUAUUUUUGA